AUGAGUUCAGACGAAGAAGAUUUCAACGAUAUUUACGGUGACGAACCAGAGACUAAGCAAGAACAAAGUACUGCUGUCUCUGAGAAGAAAGAGGAGCAUGUAGAAAAGAAGCCAGAGGUAAAGGAAGAAGCUACUGAGUUGAAGAAGGAUGAGAUCAAACCAUCUGCUACAAAGAUUGACUCUUCUGCAAACGAGCAAUUGGCUGCUUUACAAGCACUAACUUCUUCUAUAAAUCAAGCUCAAACUAGUUCAUCCCAAGGUAUAACACCAGUUGUAAAUGAACCUAUUGAUAACUCUAGAGAGUCUUCUACUCAAGCUAACGCCAAUUAUAAUGCUACAUCAACUAGUAGUUUACCUUCUCAAGCUAGAGGGAUGAAGGCAGAUUUAUCUAAAGAAAGUUCAAAGUUAUUCAUCGGUGGGUUAAACUGGGAAACUGACGAAGAAAAAUUAAAGAAAUAUUUCUCAAAGUAUGGUAAUGUUGUCGAUUUAAAGAUUAUGAGAGAUAACACUACUGGUAGAUCUAGAGGUUUUGGUUUCUUGACAUUUGCCGAACCACAUAGUGUUGAUGAAGUAGUUAAGACACAACACAUUCUUGAUGGUAAAGUUAUUGAUCCAAAGAGAGCCAUUCCAAAGGAUGAACAAGAUAAAACUGGUAAGAUUUUUGUCGGUGGUAUUGGUGCCGAUGUUAGACCCAAAGAAUUCGAGCAGUUCUUUUCUCAAUGGGGUAAUAUCAUUGAUGCUCAAUUGAUGUUGGAUAAAGAUACCGGUAGAUCUAGAGGUUAUGGUUUCAUUACGUAUGAUACACCAGAAGCUGUGGACAGAGUAUGUCAAAAUAAAUAUAUUGACUUUAAAGGUAAGAGGAUAGAAAUCAAAAGAGCCGCUCCAAGACAUUUACAAAAGGGUGGAUCGAAUCCAAGAAAUAAUAGUUCAUCAUAUGGUGGACAUAAUGAUUCGGGUAAUAACUGGAGUGGUCACGCAGGUACAGGUGCCAAUGCUACCCCAACAGGUUCUGGUCCAAGUGCCAGUAAUAAUAAUAUGUAUGGAAAUUCAAACAUGAUGAACAUGAACCCAAUGUUCAAUCCACAAAUGAUGCAAGAAUACUAUCAAAAGAUGCAAGAAUAUUAUACACAAUUCCAAAAUGGUAUGUACCAACAACCAGGUGGCGCUGCUGGGCAACAACCACAAAUGCCAGGUAUGCCAAUGAUGAUGCCAGGUAUGCCAAACGCUCCAAAUAUGCCAAAUGCCCCAAAUAUGCCAACUCAACCAUCACAAUCAUCAUCUCACGAAUCUAGCGCGGAUAACGCUGUUGCAAGAAACAGAGACAGCUCUUCUUCUCGCCAAGGUCAUAGGACGCAUCCAAGAAGACAACAAGAUAACCAUGGUUAUCAUCCAUACAAUAAAUGA